GUUAUUAAUUCACCAUUUGUUUUAAACCAAUUACAUUGUAAUGGUGUUCUUGAAGGUAUCCGUAUUUGUCGAAAUGGUUUUCCGAAUCGAAUUUCAUUCCAAGAAUUUUGUCAGCGUUAUGAUAUUUUAUGUCCAAAUAUCAUAUUAAAAGGUUUCAUGGAUAGCAAAACUGUCUCGCAAGAAAUGAUAAAACAGCUUAAAUUAGAUGAAGGGAAAUAUCGAAUUGGUUUAACGAAAAUCUUCUUUCGUGCAGAUGUUCUUAGUUUCUUAGAAGAAAAACGUGAUUUGAAAUUAGCAAAUAUUAUCACUCAACUUCAAGCAUUAAGUCGAGCAGUGUUAACACGUAAAUAUUAUCAGAGACGUAUUCAAAAAUGGAAUCUUGUUUGUGUGAUGCAACAAAAUCCAAACAUUAUAAAAGUGGAGGAUUCAUUACCACAAAAACAAGAGGAAAUGCGUCGAAUGAAAGCAGAAAUAGAAUCAUGUGUAUCACGAGAACAAGAAAGCAAACAGCAGUUACAAAUAGUUCAACAGGAAAAAGAUAUAGUUAACGACAGACUUGCAAAUGUUAUUGAAGCACUAAAAGAAUCUGAUGAGGUAGACUCAUUAAUAGAGAUUUGAAUCGAAUUGGUUAUUUUUUUUCUUAAAGAAUUUCCACCGCGUUCAAACUAUAGUAGAAGUAAUGGAACAACGUUUAAAAAAUAAUGAACGAAUUAUAAGUUUGCUCAGAGAAGAGAAUAAAAACUACAAGACAAUGUUGCGGAAGAGAAUCAACAAAAACUCAAUGUUUUAACAAAACUGCAACUGGCAGAAGAUUUGCUUUUUAAAUCAAGUCAACCUACUAAUGAUAAAGAACAAUUCCCUCAACAUAAAGUUAAGACAAAAGAUCAGGAAAAAAGUUUGAUUCAGGUACGUCAAUACUAACAAAAAUCAAGUUUACAACAAAAUAAGCCUGUCAAAUAACUGUGUUGUUGAAACAUGCGAAAAUUCGGAACAUCUUGGGCUCUAAAUACUAGCGAAAAACGAUGAAAACAGUGUGGAUAGUUUCUGAAAGCU